CUACUUUUCGUCUUUUCCUAUCAAUGUGGCGCUAGCUGUGAUCGAAUGACAAAUUGUAUGUAACCGCCAGCGGUUAUUUGGGUAAAAAAAAUACAGGUUGCGACAACAGUACAUGAAUUAAAAGAGCUGUUUAAAUCGAGGUAAAUACUGGCAUCCGUACAUUCGGCGGUAAAUUAUGUCAGUGUAUUGAGUAGCUGGGAGUGAUAGGGAGACAUGGCGAACAUUGCGGCGCAACGAAUCAAACGGGAGUUCAAAGAGGUUAUAAAAAGCGAAGAGGUGGCAAAAUGUGCGAUUAAGGUAGAACUAGUAAAUGAUAGCUUCACGGAAUUAAAGGGUGAAAUAGCAGGACCACCCGACACUCCAUAUGAAGGUGGCAAUUUCGUGUUAGAGAUAAAAGUACCUGAAACGUAUCCAUUCAAUCCACCCAAAGUUCGCUUUAUCACAAAAAUAUGGCAUCCAAAUAUAUCCUCAGUUACAGGCGCCAUAUGUUUGGACAUAUUAAAAGACCAAUGGGCUGCUGCGAUGACCUUAAGAACAGUUUUGUUAUCGUUACAAGCCUUAUUGUCAGCUGCUGAGCCUGAUGAUCCACAAGACGCUGUGGUUGCUAAGCAGUAUAAGGAGCAGCCUGAAAUGUUUCGUCAGACUGCAAAACAUUGGACGUCUGUGUAUGCUGGUGGACCAGCUAAGAUGUCAGAUCUCGAUGACAAGAUAAGAAGAUUGACUGAUAUGGGAAUCGAAGAACAUAAUGCACGAGUAGCCUUAUCCUCCUACAAUUGGGACUUAGAACGUGCCACCGAACAGCUAUUCAGUUAGUGAUUACUGUGUAUUCUUAUGUAUCAUAAAAAGCAGCUACUAAUUGGCAGCAACCUCUUGGAAUGUCACUGUCACAAAAGCAUACCAUCGUGUUUUCAAAUAAUUGAGAAAAAAACCCAACAUUCGUAAUGACAAUAUUGCAAUGGUGAGAUAACUUUGGAAGUGAUCCCAAAUUUGACUAACUAUUAGCAUUCAUUUAACAUGUAAAAUAGAUACGAGAAACGAUAAUAAUUGAUGAACAAGUUUUAAGUAGCAAAAUUUCAUAAGAUAUGUAACUCAAGAGGAGGGCAUUAUUACGAUUUACGAGAAUAAGUUGUAAAUUCUAAAUCUACAAGACGAAGCGACAUUUAUGUUUGAAUAGACAUAUGAAUAAUGUUUUUUUUUUUUUUCAAUCAAUUCCCAAUAAUCCACUUAGAAACAGCAUUAGUAAAAUAUUUAAGAACCAAACACGUAUUAAAAUCUACGAAGAUAAUUGCUUUGAUUAGGCACUAACACAGUUGCCAAGUGCUUCCCUGAAAUUUUUCUUCAAUCUGAGUUCAAGUUUUAUGUGAAACCUCAUUGCUAGAGGUGUGUAUCCAAUUGACUGCGUUACUAACGGUUGUACUACUCAAGUAUAACUCAUUGUCAGUUCAAUGAAUGAUGAUAUUACAUGUUUUUGCCCCCAACUCUUAUUGUUCGAAUAUAAAUAAAAUUAUUAAACACUUCUUCAAUUGCCAAAAUUUGAAGAUUGACUAGCUGAUUAUAAUAUCCUGCAGCAUAUCGACUGAUUGUAACGGGGUUUCGCUUGACUCUUGAGUGUAUAUUAAUCAAAUUAACGUAUCUUUUAGUCCUAAUAAACGUAUUUAUGAAAUUUCGGUAGCCUCCAAACUUGAUUUCUGAAUAUUUAAAUUUUGCACAUUUUUUGAAGUUUGAUUACUUGCAAACUUACACUACUUUUCAUUAUACCGACGAUAAGCAAAUUCCAAGAAAUCAGCAAAAUUAAACUGAUAAUUUUAAUUACAGUGACGGUUAUGGCGAAAAAUUGAACAUAGCUAUUUGAUGAAAAUACAUUUCUUAGAAAACUUGGAGUGUAAGACGGCAGUGUGGUACGACAGGAUAUCGCAUGGUCGGUCCCGUGCACGUUUGCUAAGUGAUAUUGUAUACGUUUCACGAAAUGGAACAUUUGAUUAAUUUAAUCUACAUCCUAUCUUACUUCGAUUGUAAUUCUAAGAGUAAAGUUCUGUUGCCAGGUGUGAAAUCUUACCUGCAUACGAUGUACUCCAAUUAAUUGAAAAUUGAUAGUUAUAUUUCAUAAUAUUUCAUGCAUUUUUCAAUCAUUCACAAUGUGCAGGCUGUGUCUGAAGUGUCGCCAGCAAGAGUCAAGGUCCAACUACUCGCAAACCAGUUUGUUAACUUGGGACAAAUGGUUGGGAUCUGUGAAUUUGAAUUUACAGGAAAACAAAAAAAAAAACUGCUCUGUUCAUAUUGGGAAAUUUAGAAUUUAUACCAUUUAAUAAGAUCAAUGUACAUUAAUAGGCCUCAAAUAUUAAUAAAAGUAAUUUUUUUUCAA